AUGAUGAGAGGUCACCAGGAAGAGUAUGAGGAGAUGGUUGAUAUUGGCAACUUCCGGCGUCACCACCAGACCGGCUCCGACGACUCUCACCCACGAUUGCUCCCUGACAACAUGAGGUCCAACCGCUCCAGUGCAGCCCAUCCCGACGACUUCACGGCGCCGCAAUGGCCGCCUUCCAUUGCGGGAACGGGAAGCUCUCCUUCUCUGACGCUGAGGAGCGGCGCUACAACGCCAUACGACCACCUGUCUUCCACAAAACACCUGAUAUAUGCCGAUUCCAGGUCUUCUACUCCAAUGAAUGGCCGUUCUCCGAGCAAAGAGGUUAGCAGCGACAAUGACGACCACAACGGCGUGGCCAUCUUGCACGACCGAGACGACGCCGACAUCUGGAAGGGCUGGAGGAGAUAUCUCUACACCCUGACGCCGUUUCUCACCCUCCUCAACACCGGAGUGUACCUGACCUACCUCGGACUUCGCAUUGCCUGCGUCAUCCUGGCGCAACAGGCAUCGGGCACCACCUUUGCCGCCGCCUGGGUUUUCAUUGCCGUCGAGCUCGUAGUCGCCGUUCCCUCGCUCAUGCACAACAUCUGGACCAUGUGGUCUUUGAAGAAGAGGCACAGGCCCAAGAUGAGGCUGACCGGAAACGACGUGCCCACUGUCGAUUGCUUUGUUACCUGCUGCGGCGAGGAUGACGAGCUUGUCAUGGAUACGGUUCGCGGUGCCUGCGAUCAAGACUACCCCAUUGACCGGUUCAGAGUCAUUGUUCUGGACGACGGCAAGUCUGCCGGCCUGGAGCGAUCUUGCGCGAUUCUCUCGCACACCUAUCCCAACCUGUACUACAUGGCCCGUGCCAAGAUUCCUGGGCAACCCCAUCACUUCAAGGCCGGAAACCUCAACUAUGGUCUAGAUCAAGUUCAUCUGUUACCUGGCGGUGCUUCCCAGUUCAUGGCGGCCCUGGACGCUGACAUGAUUCCUGAGAGGGAUUGGCUUCGUGCUUUGCUCCCCCACGCUGUAAUGGAUCCCAAAAUGGCAUUGGUUUGCCCUCCUCAGCUGUUCUACAACACGCCGCCCUCCGACCCUCUGGCUCAGUCUCUGGAUUUCUUCGUUCAUGUCAUUGAGCCCAUCAAGGACGCCAUGGGUGUAGCCUGGUGCACUGGAUCCGGUUACAUCGCUAGGCGAGAGGCUUUGGAGCAGAUUGGAAACUUCCCCCUGGGCUCGCUGGCCGAAGACGUGGCGACAUCGACUCUCAUGCUCGGCAAAGGCUGGAAGACGGCCUACGUUCACGAACCUCUUCAAUUUGGAACCGUUCCCGAGGAUUACGGCAGCCACUUGAAGCAGCGUACCCGAUGGGCUAUUGGUACCGUGGAUACGUCGUUCAAGCUCAACUUUUGUCUCUGGGGUGAAAAGGUCCGCCAGAUGACAUUUGCCCAGCGCUUCUCCGGCUUCCUCUACGCCUCUCUUAGUCUGUACACGAUCUUGCUGUCCAUCUCGCUCUUUGCCAUUCCCAUCAUUCUGAUCAUGGGCAAACCACUGGUCGCGUACGCCAACGAUACGCAGCUUCGAUGGCUCAUUCGUGCCUGCUUUGCCAACACCAUUGUCAACCGUCUCUGCGAAUUUGUUCUCUUCAUCCCUGCCGGCUAUCACACUGGCCAGCGGGGCUCCCGGUACCAGCUCUGGAUGUCCCCUUACAUUGCUCUCUGCAUCAUUCGAGCAUUCGCCCUGCCGAAAUGGCUUGGCGGAGCAACACAGGCUUUCAAGCCCACCGGUUCGCUCUCUUCGGCCCUCAACGAGCGUGAUCCCAAGCUCAAGAAGAACAUGUUCCGUCGUCUGUGGACCAUCCUCAUCAACUACAUGGCGCUCUUCCACCUCGCAUUCGUUUAUCUGACCCUGGUUGCCGUGUGCCUCGUUUCCUACCGCUGCUUCUUCCAGGAGAGCAACCGCGUCAGGGACAUCCUCAUCUGCCUGGUGACGCACGCCUUCUGGCCACCUCUGACGUUCAUCUUCAUCUGCAGCUCCCUUUGGACUCCAGUCGCCUACGCCAUUGACCCUCCUCAGAUGCCCGACCGAGAGGAUCUUCUCGUUCGCGACCCCGAGACCAAGGUUGCGCACCCGACAAACCAGAGCAAAAAGAUUGCCUUUGGUGGCCAGGCCGCAUGGUUCGAGUUCGAGUACACCUUUUCGACGCUGUACACGUGUCUUAUAUUUGUCGCAUCUUUCCUUUUCUAA